AAAGCGUUGCUGCCUUCUCUUUAAUGAGAUGUAUAUUAAACCAAGUGUUAGUUUCAGAGGAGGACACCUCAUUGGAUAUAGUGAGGACAAUCCCACUAAAAUUGCAAAAACGUUAUUAGUCUUUAUGAUUAAACCUAUGUUUGGUUAACCUUCUUUUGUUUGUAGAAUUGUACCAAUAUUUAAACUGUCAGUGCACUUUCUUCACGAUUUGAUUAUAAACAUAAAUAAGCAAAUAAUUGAUGCAGGAGGAGAAUUACUGUGUCUUUUAUCAGAUAACCAUCCCACAAAUCGAAGUGUUUGCCAAAGUUUCGUUGUUAAUAAAAGUUUUCCAUGGCAAGGUGUUAUAGAAAAAGAAAAACCAGUUAUUAUGCUACACGUUCCAGUUCACUUGUUUAAAAGUAUAAGAAAUAAUUGGUUUACGGAAAAAACACAAACAAUUAGUUUAAAAAUUAAUAAUCAACCUCUCUCUGGUGAUUGGUCUCACAUUGUUCAAUUAUAUAACAGACAGAAAAUUUGUGUUGCCAAAAAUACAAAGCUUUCAUGCAAUUCAGUGUACCCUAGUUUGAUUGAUAGACAAAAUGUUGCAAACAUGGUUGCUGUAUUUAAUGAAAAAACUGUUGCAGCAUUGAGAUUAGCUAAUUUUGAGAACACUGCCUGUUUUUUAGCACCAAUUGUUUCAUUAUGGAACAUGCUAAAUGUAAAGAGGAAAGGUUGUGAUGUUUUACUUAAUGAUAUCAAUAGGUCUCCUUUCCAGACACUCGAUGACCUUAGAUUUAAAGAAAUUUUAGCAUUUGCUGAUGCAACUUCUAAGAUGUUAGAGGGAAAGGGAUUAAAGCGUCAUAAUACUUUUACACCAGAAACAAAACAAGCUUUAGUUAACACCCUACAAGGAUUGGUAGAAUUAAUAAAAAAACUACUUUCAGAAGAUCAACAAUAUGUUCUUCCAGGUAUUUUUCAAAGAAAUCGUCUUGAAGGUGAAUUUGGCAUCUACAGACAACUAAGUGGCAGAAAUUAUUUAUCUCAGCAGAACAAGUAUUGAACAGUUUGCACCUUCAGCGGUUGAAAUUAUUCAGCAAAAUAGUUUGUUUGGAUGAAACUGACAUUCAUUGCUCAUACAUUCAUUGCUCAUACAUUCAGACUGUUGCACUAUGGAUCUAAUGGAAGAGGAUAUUAUUUAUUUAGAUGAAUGUUUAAUUAAUGCAGACAAUAAAUCUAUUAAUGAUCAGAAAAAUGCUGCCCUUUUUUAUAUGACUGGUUAUGUACAGCACAAGAUCGAUCCGCAGCGUGUAGUUGAUACAACAACAUCACAAUCAGCUAGUUCUGAAUUUACAGAUUAUGUUUCACGUGUUAAAUUGUGUUAUCCUGGUGAUACUCUUCUCCAGUUUAUUUGUGUUUGUUAUCUACUGUUUAACAGCAUUCCAAUGUCUGAAAAACGUUUUCAAUGUGUUGUUUAUGCAAAGAAAUUAUUUUUAUUCUUGCAUUCAACAUUACCAUUUGAUUUAGAAACAGACAGUAUAGGUGUUGCAAAAGUUAUCUCAAUAAUAACUAACUGUUUCUUGAAAGGUGUUACGACCCUUGAUAAUACAUCUGAUAUUGUUUCAUUAAACAUUGAGGACAGAAAAAGAAAGAAACUUAAUACUUAGUGGUCUGAUUAUUUAGUUGAC